AAUUUGAUGAAAAACAUAGUACAAAUUAUAAUUUCUUUCUUGUUCCACGCUUACUGCUUACUGUAGUAUUAUUCAAUAUAUAAAAAUUUCUCCUCUACGAUUUAUAUAAAAUAAAUUAAUUAGGUAAAAUAGAAUUUAAAUUUUAAAUUUGUAUAAAUUUAAAACGAGGUUUUACAAAUUACAGACUCGAUCAUCUCUCGACGUAAUUUCUCUGGUAGUAACGACGUGACAGCGAAAUAAAUAGUAACGCAUUAAUAUCCAUUAGUAUUGAAGAGCACGAGAACAUUAUAUAGAGCUCUUGCCGCGGAUUAUCUAUGCGCGUUCUUUCGCACAUCGUACUCUCACGUGACCUAUUAUGUGCCGCGGAUUGCAGAUUAACUUCACGAUACAGCGAUAGAGCGGUGAAGGGGAAGAGUAGGUAGGCAUGUUGCGAUUCGUUAGAAAGAUCCGCGCCCGUGUUUUGUCUUGACCAAUGACCAGUGAUCGCAUCGACAACGGUAACGAAUCAACUGGCGGCAUGAUAAUGCGCAUGCACUUGGGGGCGGGGUGUUUAAUCGUCUUCAACGAAUCGAGUGGCCCCCGUGUGUGCUUCGUACAAUGCUGCAACACGUGACGUGACACAGCGCGUUAUCGCACUUGAUGAGGUGAAUAUCUAAUAGUCUGGAUAAACUGCUAGACCGAACGCAGCAGAGAAUUCGUUACGAAAGAUAGAAACUUUGUCGUGAGAAAGUCCGACUUUUUGUGGAACCGCAGUAAUUUUGAUUAAUUCUUAAUAUUGUUAAUUUUAAUUGAGACAUGAUGAGUGAUUUAUAUGUGAACGUCGCUACGCGAAGGAUAUAAGCAGAACGCCUAAUUUUCGCAUUGAAAGAAUUCUUUAAUCAUACGUAUGAAACACAUAUAAAUAGUGAAAGAAAGUUUAAAUUCUCUUGCAAGUCGUCGCCGAAGAAAUUCUGCGUAGAUAUUGUCAAUAAUGUAUGAAACGUCGAAUUCAAAGUUUUCUAUUCAAACAUUGUUUCAUAUCUUCAUAUGUCUUAACAGUUUAACAUGUAAAACACGCAUAUAAAUAGUGAAAUAUAUAUCAUAAAACGGAAAAACAAGUACAUGUUGCCGAGAAGAGAUUUUCUCGCCGUGAUCAAGCAUCGUUCGUUGAACAGAACCUUUCGAUUUCAUGAAAGAUGUAACUGUCUUCGGCAACUGCGGCACAAAUUAUGCCUGAAGCGACUCUUAUGGUUUGACUGAUUUUAAAGUUUAUUUAUUUGUAACUUAAAUUGUAACGCCUGUACUUUUCUUGAUAAUUAAAAGCACAUCGUUCGAAAAUGCAUAAAAUCUAUCUUGAUCUCGCGCGUUAAGAGAGAUAUUUUUUGAGAAAUGAGUUCGCACUCUCAUGCGAGGACGUUGUGCACCGGAAACGCAGUCUCUGGUGCAUUUUCGGCGCUGCAUCUCCUGCGGAGUUACAGCCUCUUCGCUCCAAACUCAGAUCUGUGCAGGUACGAUGCAUAUCCGUCUCGGGACUACAGUUUUGUCGAGCCGGAUAUUUUGUCUAGUUCCGCGCCGGCGGAUUCUCCCUCUUCGCCGUUAACAUCUUCCUCGUUAUCGGCGACGUUUUCGCUUCCGGGAACUCUGCUUCAGCCACCCUUUCUAGCGACAAUGCCACCCCUAGUGCAAUCUCUCAGUAUGCCGCAAUCCUUUUCGACUCCUUCCACAGGUACUAUGAGCCGUCAUUUCGUCACUACAAAUGGCAUAACCGCUCUCCACAGAAGACCUAGAAGCGAGAAGAAACCUAUUCCGGACGAGCAGAAGGAUGAAAAAUAUUACGAAAGACGUAAACGAAAUAAUCAAGCAGCGAAAAAAUCGCGGGAUGCUCGCAAAAUCAGAGAGGAUCACAUCGCACUAAGAGCGACAAUGCUGGAACACGAGAACGCGAUCCUAAAGGCACAGAUAGUGACCCUUCGAGAGGAGGCACAAUCAUUGCGACAUAUGUUGAUCAAACAACACGCUCCGGCGAUACAAUCAAUCGAACGAUCGCUCUCGUCGAUAACACCCGUGACGCUUUCUCCUCCGCAAACGACUGCGAGUUUAGAUUGUUAAUUCCCGAAAAUUUCUUCGAAAAUCGUGUACGAAUGUUCAGAAAUGGGAAGUUUAAAUUCAUGCAAAAUAAAACCAUUUUUACGUAGAAAUAUGAAAAAAGUACGAUAAUUUGGAAAGCAUCUCGAAUUGCCAAGUACUAGAAUUGUGCGAAUUAAACAUUUGUGAGAUCGAAUCAAAUCUUUGAUGACGUAUUCAAAAUUGAAUUAAAUCGAGAAUUUAAAAAAUAGAAAACUUGAAGACCAACAAUCAGGUACAAGAAUUGAUACACGCUAAUACAAAAGUAGUUUCGCCAAAGAAAUAAUUAAAAUAAUUAAUAGAUGAUCGAUUCGAGAGUUAGAUCUAACUAUACCAAUUCAAACUUUUCAAUUUAGAAAACAAAUCCACUGCGAUUCGACUCGAAUUUACGUUAUUCACACAUCUCUACCAAGUCUCUCUCUACAUUACGCAAACAAAAGACCGAUUUUAGUCAAGCAAGAAAUUUCGGGAGAAAUUAGAAUAAUAUCCAAAGAUUUCGAAGAUUUUAUUAUUAAGUAGUGCAAUUUAGAAUUUUAAAACUUUAUAAUUUUAUAGUAUUGGUCUGUUCACCUGCAAAAUUUUGUAGAAACAGUUUAAUUUUUCAAACUUUGUUUACGUCCAUAGAUAUCCAAAUCUUAACUCCACCGAAACAAAAUAUAAGUCAAAUCAAUUUAUUGUAAAGGAAUCAAAUGUUAAUAUAUAAAAAUUUGUAUAACAAAUUUUUUUUAAUUUAAUUAUUGUUGGAAUUAUAUUAUUACUCAUUUUAAGUGUAAUAUAUAAUUGUUGCUUGAAUACUAAUAAAAAAAGAUAAUUUAAGAUACAUAAACAAAAACCCAUAUGCUUUUAUAUGAAAUCAUGUCGAAAGUUAGUUAUCUCAUAAGUAGAUCUGUUCUUUUUAAUUAAAUUUAUAAAAUUCAUCUUUUUUUUAUCUUUUCAAUAGAAAAAGAAAAAAAUAUGUUUCAAGAAGUUUAAUUAAUCCAAUAUCUCACGGAAAACAAUUGUGCGUGAAAUCAAUGUCGUGUUUCGUAAU